UUUUGGGAGUCCGGAACUUGAAAUUCAAAAGCAUUAUUCACAUGUGAAUAAUGCUGUAUAAUAGACUGUAUUUAUGUUAUUCACAUGUGAAUAAUGCUGUAAAAUAGACUAUUUAUAUUAGUGUGUGUUUACUCAGUACUUAUUUGUACCUUAUCAUAGUGGGCGGAGCCUGGCGGUGAAAACUUCUCCUCGCCGUCGCCAAUCAAACUGUAAAUACUGCACUUUCGAUGAUACUAAACGGAUGGGCAAAUAUAGCCUCUCACAGAAGACAUGUAUGAAUAUCUAUGUAUAUAUGUAUAUAUACUGUAUGUAUAUGUAGAAAAAAUAUAUAUAUAUGUAUAGGUAAAAAAAUGGAUGGAUGUAAUACAUCUAAAAUAUUCAAUAUAGUGUAAACAACAUUUUACCAUAUCAUGUAGCCAAAACCUCAAAAAAGUCAAACAUUAUCAUAGACAUGUUUCCAAUUUUAAAGGAGCCAUACGUAAUUCUGUCAUGUCAAGUCAACAUUAAAUGGCCCUGAUAUGUCAAAAGUCAUUAAUAAAUCGUGUUAUUUCCCAAUACCUUUAUAACUGAUAACAGUGGUUCAGCCAGGAAAUGAUCAUUUUAAAAAUUGUAUGUACAACCCUGAAAUAUUAUUUUCAUUCCAAUGCCCCACCCUCCGCUGUUUAAACAAUAAGAAAGUCCGCGAGUGUGUCACAUCCAGGUUGCCCAGUUACACACUGCCAUCUUCGUCUCGUCCCUGCCACUGGUGAAGUUACUAGACAUGUCAGACCUUUGUCAAUCUAAAAGGCCUCGUUACCAUUCUCAACCUAUCCAUGACAAAGCCAGGAACAAAACCAGGAAUUGUAUCAGGCAUGCCUUUGAAAGACGGAGACCAUUGAAGGCGGAGAAGAUUUUUUUCCAUCUGAUGCCAACCUUGCUCAUUUCCUCCUUGAUAGGUAAGUCAGGCAUUUACUUUUUCUUAUUACUUGUAAUAAAUGGGAAUGGACAUUUGGUAUGUCAACUAUAUUGUCCAAUACAGUCCAUGGCAGGCCUGGGCAAUUAUUUUGACUCGGGGGCCGAAAUUAGAGAAAAAAAUGUGUCCUGGGGCCGGUAUAUCUGAUUUUUAGGAACACUGAUACACAACCUCACAAAAAUGUCUGAUUGAAUGCCUAAAAACUGAAUGAGACACUCAGAAUGUGGCAUUUACAAUAUUAUCUACGAACGAUAAAACACUGAAUAUUGACAACAAAGGGUCUUCUAAAGAUCCCGAAAACUCGUUUUAAAACCCGUGGAGACCUGGCAUUCCAGGCUUGCACCAGUCCCUCUGUGAUCUUGACUCUGUUGAAAUUUUCAUUUCAAAACUUCUCUUUUUAGUAAAGCUUUGAAAUAAUGCACCUUUUAAUUAUCAUUUUUAAUCCACUUUGUAUCCUUUUUAUGACGUUGCCCCUGAUCGUAUCUGUGGAAAUCACUUUAUAAAUAACAUUUACCUAGUUACUACUUACUAAAAAAAAUCCCUGCUGUGACGUAGAUGACCAUAAUAACUAGUUAGCUGAUCAUAGUAACUAAUAUAUCAUGCAAAAGUGCAGAUUCCAACCGUAAAAAAUACUUGGUAUAGUUCAGGGAUCGGCAUGCCAAAAUGUUGAAAGAGCCAUAUUGGACCAAAAAUACAAAAACAAAUCCGUCUGGAGCCGCAAAAAAAUAAAAGCCAUAUUACAUACAGAUAGUGUCAUGAGAUAUAAAUUGAAUUAUGAGGACUUAAAGGGAACUAAAUGAGCUCAAAUAUAGCUACAAAUGAGGCAUAAUGAUGCAAUAUGUACAUACAGCUAGCCUAAAUAGCAUGUUAGCAUCGAUUAGCUUGCAGUGACCAAAUAAGUCUGAUUAUCACUCCACACAAGUCAAUAACAUCAACAAAACUCUCCUUUGUGCAUUCUCGCACAACGUUAAAAGUUUGGUGGACAAAAUGAGACAGAAAAAGUGGCAUACAACACGUCUUAGAAAGUCGGACAAAGUUAUACAUGUAAACAAACUACGGUGAGUUCAAGGACCGCCAAAAUUAGUAGGACAAAACGGCGCUCGCCAAAUACUCGAAUCAGUGAAGCAUGUUUAAUAUAAACAGUGUGCUUUGUAGCAAUUAAGGAGGUUUGUGUCAUGUUUGUCCUCCUACAGCAGGGGUGCCCAAACUUUUUCCACUGAAAAAUAAAGGCAAACACACAAAAUAUGCAAAAUCAUCCACCAAAAAUAUUUAUCAAAGUGGAAUAUUUGAUGUGAAGUAGUCAUAACCUUGGAUUGGUCAAUAAUUAUUAAAAAUAUUGAUUUUGAUUCAUUAUGUUUUCAGCAAUGACAGUUUGAAAGAAAAAAAAAACAGCUGUUUUAUUAGUCAACAUUGCAACUUUUUCUAAAUUACAUUUCACCUUUUAGGCUUUUUUAUUUCACUUUUGUUAUGUUUUUGUUUAUUUUAAUCGUAUUUUUAGAAUGUGCCGUGGGCCGCAAAUGGCCUCUGGGGCACACUUUUGACACCCCUGAAAUAAAAUCUUGAUAAAUCCAUCGAUAAAAAGCAGAGCCUGGCGACGCAUGCGCGUUUAUCAUAACUUUCUGUCCCUCUCUGUUUUUGCCCCUCCCUCACGAAUGCUGCUGCUGCGCCCACCUUCACAAUUAGUUUUGUUUUUAACCCCUUCUUAACCCAGAAAGUACAUUGAAACUGCACGCAACCCUAACUCAAAAGGCCGGACAUUUGAGGCAUUUAAGAAACUCCCCCCGGACAGCCCAGACAGCCCCUCAAAAGAGGAUAUGUCCAGGGUAAAGAGGAUGUAUGGUCAGUCCAGCAUAGUUCACUCUUUCUUUGAAGGGACAAUGCACAGAAACUGUAAGCUGAAAGACAAAUAUGUCCUGUACCAGAUUAUAGCUAAAUAGCUCAUUUCCAUCUGCAGUCCCUGGCUACCUAAAUUAAAGGGAUACAAAAAUCAUGCUAUAGCAUGUACUCAAAUUAAGAAAAGUCUUAAAAUGCAAUUUCAUGGACACAUACUUAAUAUACAAUACAACCACACCUCAUUUACAUACAUGCUCGUGUUCACAUCCGUCAUCAUUUGUAAAAACAACCAUGAUUUUAACAGACACACCUCACAAUUUACAAUAAAAAUGCUCUCGUGGAUUAAUAUAAUACACAUUAAAGUUGAUGUGUCGGACAUAGUGGCCACCUUAGUGACCGUGUGAGCAGCUUUGAUUACUCUGAAGCCACUUUUUAAUUUCAAUUGUGAAUGAUGAGUAAAGACAUGCACCUGGGGAUAGGUUGAUUGGCAACACUAAAUUGGCCCUAGUGUGUGAAUGUGAGUGUGAAUGUUGUCUAUCUGUGUUGGCCCUGGGAUGAGGUGGCGACUUGUCCAGGGUGUACCCCGCCUUCCGCCCGAUUGUAGCUGAGAUAGGCGCCAGCGCCCCCCGCGACCCCGAAAGGGAAUAAGCGGUAGAAGAUGGAUGGAUGGAUGGAUGGAGUAAUCUGUUAAACUUUUCAAGUUUGUUUGUUGCAUGAUGUCACUUCUUCCUGAAAAUGGCCUAAUUUCUGUGUAAAAUUUUGCUGGUUAGUGACAAAACGAUGUGUCUAUUCGGCAAUUACACUCCGCAUCAAGGGUUGGAAUUGGGGGUUAAAUCAACAAAAAUGAUUCCUGGGCGCGGCAGUGAUCAAGGAUGAUGGGUCAAGUGCAGAGAAUAAUUUCGCCACACCGUGUGCGUGUGCGUGUGUGUGUUAAAUGAACUUAUAUUUUAUUAUGGUCCUAACACCUCAACCCCUAGUAAGAGGCAGUAGAAGUUUGAAAUCGAGCUGGAUUUGGUAUCGCUCACGUCUGCAGCUGGCCCAAAAUGCAGCUGCCCGACUUUUAACAAACUCAAGAAAAAGAGAGCACAUUACUCCUGUUUUAGCCUCCGUCCACUGGCUGCCUGUAUCCUUUAGAGUCCUUUUUAAAAUGAUCUUACUCUGUUUUAAAUCCUUACAUGGUCUUGCCCCACCUUACCUCUCUGAGCUGCGCCACCUCUAUGCCCCCCACCUGGUCCGUCGGGUCAGCUGAUCAGCCGAUCCUGGAGGUCCACAAAUCAAAGCGCAAGCUCAGAGGGGACAGAGCCUUCUUUUUUGCGGGUCCCAAACUCUGGAACGAUCUCCCUCUCCACAUGUGAGACAGGCCUCUUCUUAAAACCCCCUUUUCUUCACUGGCUUUUAACCCAGCAUGAGACUUUAAACUGUUUUUAACUUUUUUUUUUAACUGUUUUUACAUUUUCAACUGCUUUUUAUCUAACAAAUUGUUCCUAGGUUAAUUUGUAUUUGCUAUUUCAAUGUGUUUUUUACUUCUGUUUUAAAUGUUAUUUUUUUAGUCUGUCCUUUGCCUUUAUUUCUUUGUGGUAUAGAGCCCUUUGUUCUUCAACUGUGGUUGUUUUUAAAGGGCUUUAUAAAUAAAGUUGGUAUGGUAUGGUAUUUGCUGUACCAUUUCUGGCCCCAUUAUUGCAUAUGGCCCAUUUUAAAGAGAACCCUCAAGAGAAUUUUUUUUUUUUUAAUUUAUUUAGAAUACAACACAUGUUGGCUUUAAAAUCACUCUGGAUUUGUGAAUAUGGAGGUUUUUUUUUUCAAUAUAAAUGAAAAUGUUAGUUUUUAUUUGGUUUUGUUUGGAGGGGACGAACACUUCUGGUCACGUGACCUGCUGCGAGCGUCGCACUUUGUGCCAACAUCGCGAGACUUGAGAAUAAGCGGGAAGGAUAAACUAAACCGGGCGGACGUGCGAUAAGUACUAAAAAGUGAAUGAAGUUGUAGCUUUGGGUUCAAUAAUUAUCCAUUCAUUCACUUGCUUAUUUAUUUUUCUAUUUAUAUUUUUAUCUAUUUAUCACGUAUCUAUUUAUCUUGUUUCGAAACGACCUGUGGCUAACUUGCCAGCUAGCUAGCUCUUAACUGUGCCCCCAUUAAGUCUAUAAACAGCCUGUACGGAAGAAAACAUUCAUAUUGUGAUUUGUGUGCCGGCCUCACCUAAAUAUUACAUCAGUCUAAGUGUGUUUUAAAACUUUUAAAAUGUUUAAAACUAGAUUUUUGGCGUUAAAACAACAGCACGUUUGUCGUUAGCUUUAAGAACUACAACUCCCACAAUCCUUCAGGACAAACGCGCAGCUGUGUAGCUACGGGUGCCGAGAGAGCGCGUGACAACAGGCACGGCGCAGACGGCAACGCUCCAGACAAGCGGCAGCUGCAGAAGGCGUGCGGGCGCUCGGUCCACUCUCCCCGGCAAAGCCUUGCACUUGCCGCGGGGGUAACCCCUCGCUUGUUGUCAUCUCCCGCGGAACUUGUCAGCGCCUCUCCCGAGCGGAAGACCCUCUCAGGCGAGCGUUUCCCCCACAUUCCUCCGCCGCUUCCCCGCUUUUGUUGUCGUCCACCCCCGGAGCGGAGGAGAGUGACGGGGGAUCCGGCUGACCCGCGAAAUGCCGCGCGCUCCCGGCUGCGGCAGUCCAGGCAACGGCGCCUCCUCGACCCUUGCCCGGAGAGGAGCGGUGCUCCGCCGCUGACCGCCCCCACAAUUCGCUGUUCCAACACAAGGGCAGCACAUCUUGCAGAGGCAACAGGGCCGCCGCCGAGUCGGGAGAGAGGCGCUUUGGAUGGCGGGCGACGGUAUCUCCUGCGGUUCGGGGAGAGGAGGGAGUCAAUGUCAGUGUCUGGCCAGUGACAGUUUGUUAUUUAAGGGCCCCUCUGAGACGUGCACGGGCUAUGCUGCAGCUCCCCUGCGAGUGGAAGAGUGAGAUCUCUUAUUGGCACAUCCACUUGGACGUGAUGGAUAAUUCGCUCAAUGCUGGAAUGAAAAGGAAACAGCCUCAGUUUGGCAUGCGGCUGCUGUCUAGUCAAUCCGAGCAUGGGCAACAAGAGGGGCAGAGGGAGGAGCGGCGAGGGAAGCGAGCGAGCGGCCCACUGCAGUAUUGAUGACCCAAUGAUCCCCUGCAGAACUCAGCCAGCCAGGCAGACAGACUGAGGCUCCACUCGCAAUCCCAGUCAACGCCGGAGAGCGGUUGUAGCGGGACGCCAAGGGUCUGCAAUCUUCUUGACCAGAGCAGAGGACAUCAAAGUGCUUGCAUGGACAUUUGGACUUUAACUGUUUGAGGACAAAGGUGAAGGGCCCGAGCUCUGGACCUGGGGAUUCCUAGGUCAUGCGCGUCAUGACCUGUAACCGGUGACCCUCCACACUGGCUAACGGCCUCCAUCUACAGCAAGGGCCGGGCGCCGUACCUACUGACUGGAAGCAGCUGGCGCCGAGGCGCUGGGAAUCAUGCAAACACACAUUGACGCACAGAUUCUUUCUCACGCCAAUUUGGAUUCUCGUGGACCCGCACGCUCGCUUUCCGCGAGAACUGCACGCACAUCGUCACCUCAGCCUUUAUCGUUAGCGCUUGGCAAUCAUCCCACUUCGGUGCGGACCCUCGCCGCACAAAUGGAUACGCCCUCAAAGAUUUGUCCGGUUCCUGCCAGUCUGAAACAGAACACAGGUUCCACGCCUCUACUGGUGGAGGCCGAGAGGAAGUAUGCGCUCCGCAGCUCCGGACGUUCCCGCUUCCCCUGUCACGUGCGCAAAUCUUCCCGCCUCCGCCGAACACCGGAGAACGGCGAGCGGAAAUCGGAUAAGGAGAAAGGAGGCGAGGAGGAGGUGAAAGCAUCGGAGGAGAAGAUCUGUAGGGUGAAGGAGGAGAAGGAGGAGACGGUGAUUCUGAAAAAGGAACAGCCAACUGUGGAGGCUCCGCCCCUCGCCGCCGGCUCCCCUCCAGGCGCUCCUCUUGCGCUAACCGUACCGGAACCCAUCUCCAAAGCUGACCCGAAACCAGGGCCCAGACUCGGACACAGACCCGGACCCAAAUCUAGGUCGAGGCCCGUUCCCAAGUCGGUGCAGAAACCCGGCCCGAAAAGCGUCAUGAGACGGCGUCUGGCGGCAGCCAAGGCCGCAGCCGCCGCCGCUGCCGCCACCGAGUGCAACACCGCUCUCCUCCCUCCGCCGAUGGUGGGGGCUGGCGGGCCGCACGUGAAGAAGGAGCCCGUGGAGCUGCAGAUUUUGUCUCCCAGCGGCAGGAGGUGUGGACGUUUUGUUGGAGUGAGGAGGAUCGUCGUCAAGGUGGCUCGCAUUCCCGUCAGCCUCGGCCGGCGACAGAAAACCUACAAGAUCUCCAAUUUGGAGACAAUUACGGGAGCGGAGAAGAGCAACGACGGGAACUCGGAAGGCCCAGAGGUGGUCAAGGAGCCCACCGCGCUGCUCCGCAUGAAGAACAACGGCAAAAGCGUCAUGGUCAUGUUCCCUCCCGGGGAGAUGCCGGUUAUUCUUAAACGACGGCGGGGGCGCCCGCCUAAACAGGCCGUGCCCUUGAUUGCAGGAGAGACCCCCAAUGCUUGUGGGAACGGAGACCAGAUCAAGAAGCCCAGGAGGAAGCGGCGGACUAAACUACCUUGUCCUUACCCGUCGUACGUCAACGACGCUAAUGAUGUGAAGACGGAGUAUGGGGACGUGCUGUCCAAACUGGCCUUUUUGAACCGCCAGCCCCCCACCACGGGACGAUGUUCCCCGCCUCGCUGCUGGACACCCAGUGAGCCGGAAAGCUUCCACACCCCCUCGGAAAACCCGGGACUGUCCACCCUCCUGCACCGGCUCACUGGGUUCCGGCGGCCUCGGGGCGGAAGAGGUGGCGCCGGGAGAGGCAGUGGCGGAGCAGGGGGAGCCGGGGGGAGGGAACACAAUAACAGCACCUUCGGUGACUUCUUUGAAUCCAUUGGCAAGAAGCGCAAGCUGAGUCCCCUCUCUGAGCACGGACUACCCAGGAAGAGGGGGAAGAGGGUUGGGGGUGUGGGCAGAGGAGGCGGGGUGGUUGGAACCGAGCUUGGGGGCGAGAAAGCAGUCAGGAAGAGACGAAUCAGAAGAAAUGGCACCUUCAAAGGGGAGGAAGAUGGCAUGGGACAGGACUGGCCUAAUGGUUCCGGAGGCUGGGGGGAGAAAGCUUUAAGAGGAUAUCAGCUCUGUGUUGCUACAAGGGGGGGCUUUUCUUCCUGUGAGCUCGGGAGGAGGGGGGGCUACGGCCGCUCAGGUGGGGGCAGGGGUGUCGGACCGGCCGGGGAGGACUCACAAGGUCUGUUUGCCGGAUAUUUCCGUUCCCUGCUGGACUCUGAAGACUCCUCUGAACUUUUGGACAUCGCACAAUCAAACGCCCGCAAAGAUUCGUCAGCCCCGGGUUACGAGCCUUCCAGCCCGGCCCCGGGUCACAGGUGGUCCCCCGCUAAAUGGGGCACCAACGGGACAAGCUCGGCGGCAGGUGAAUCGGGGCAGACACACUGCUCCUCAGCCGGGCCGCCAUACAGCUACGGGGGCCAGACCCAAAUGUCCCCGACCCCAUCCACCUACCACAAAUCUACUCCUCCAUCUCUCUCGCACUCUCCCAGCUCCCCCCACCCAGCCGGCUAUGGCCACUACUCGCCCGCCUACGCCUCGUCUUCUUGCAUCGGGUCCCAAAGGUCGUCGGACUGCAGUUUUUCCUAUGUCAAGAACGUGGUUCAGGACCGUGGUCCGAUGGGUUACUCCAGCUACCACGCAGCCAGAAAGGGCUACAGCGGAAGUGCUGCAGCAGGGCCCGCGUCACCAGGGGCGGGGUUCAUGUCGGUGGCCAAGGGCAGCCCCUUCAGCUCCUCCUCCUCGCCAGAUGGUUAUAAACAGUACAACUGCAACCAGUGGAGCUACAGACAAGGCUACGGUGGCUGGUCAGCUGACAAUUACGGGCCGCACGCUUACGGCGAAUACGGCGCCAAUGAAUCGAAGGACAUCUUGGACAUCUCAAAUUACACCCCCCAGAAAGCCAACAGACCGCCUUUCCCUGAGAGUCUUUCUGAGUCGUCCUCUGACUCCUCGCACCCCGGUUCGGCAGCCGCUGGGGGCGGUCCUCCCUCCAUGGGGGGCGUGUUCAAACAGAUGGAGACGCUCAGCGGAGACGGGGGUCAGUCUAGCCUGUCCAGCCUGGAGAAACUGAUGAUCGACUGGCACGAGAGCGCUUCGGGACCCUCGUAUAGCUGGAGCCAGAAUGUCCUCUUCCAGGGAGGCGGCACCAGCAAACCCAGCCGGGGUCGCAGAAAACGGACUGAACAAUCGGAAAAGGAAGCGGGCUCCGUUUUGCACUCCGACUCCCCAUCCAGCCCCUCUUCGACACCCACUCCUGGACCUAAGCGGGGAGGACGGGGUAGAGGAUCCAGGGGAGCCAGAGGCGGGCUGUCCGGGUGUCAGAGAGAGCGUCUUUCAGGAUCCAAAGGCAGGGGAAAGGCCGCUGCUGCAGCACUGACGGCUCCAGGUCUAGACUCUGGGCUGUUCCAGGAGGGGCUGGACUACUACAGCGGGGACAGUAGCAGCCUCUCCCCCUUGGCUACUCCCACCCAUGCACCGCCAUCCAGCUACCUCCAGGACCCCUGUGAGUACCCCUCCCCUUACUCGGCUCACCCCUCCACGCCGUCCUCUGAGGAGCGAUAUCCAGCGUUGUACCCUGGAGAGUCCUCCUCCUCGCUCUCACCCAGCGUCUCGUCUCCCCCUUACCCCCCCAAGCCCCAGUCAUACCACCUCGUCCCCUCCAGAACCUUCUCCCCCUCAUGCUCUCCUCUACCACGGGUAACGCCCCAUUGCAGCUCCGCCAUGAGUCCCUCCAAUCGCCCCCCGCCCAAAGAGGCACAUUUCUCCCAGUACGACUCCCCCAGUUACUGCGGCUCCCCCUACUGGUACGGACAAACGUCGCACAGCAGCAGCCCGAGCCCGAGUACCUCGGCCCACCCGCACACCAGCCCACACGCGAACACUCACGGGAGUCUGAUGGCGAGCCCAAACGCACACAUGAACCCGCCCCCCCACGACCCGCAGCACCACAACGCCCACGGGAGCCUGAGCUCCCACGCCAAAUCUUACCCCGCUAACAAUCAGCCCCAUCAGGUUGCCGCUCAUUCCCUGUCCUUGCCCUCGCUCUACGACGAGUGCAGUACCGCCGCCGUCGCCGCCGCCCACAAGCAGGACCUGACCCUGCACGCCAUUGCUGCGGGCGCCCGGCAGGGCCUGCUGACGCCCCCGCCCUCCUACCCAAAAGCAACCCUGGACCCUUUGACGGCGCACGAGGAGUCAGGCGGCUACUCGCUGUCCCAGCUGUCCUGCCAGGGGAUGGGGCACCGCUACCCCUCGCAGGUGUCUCAGGGAGGAGGAGGGGUGCUGUGCCAGCUUCUGGACCCGGCACACGAUGACAGCUUUAGCGUGACCAGCCUGUAACAGCAGGUGCGAUCAAUACGAGCUUUUAACAGAUUUGCAAACAUUGUUUUUCUCGCUUUUGUACGGUUGACUUUUUUUUUUUUUAAUUUUUCUUUUUUUUUUUUUGUGCCAGACUGUGGAAUGAAGGGUGAGAAUUUAGCUGCCGGCUUUGGACAGUAAAGCUUUAAUUCUCCAGCAUUGACAAUCAAGAUCAACAUGCAAACGCCAACACUGAAGCAUGCACACAAACACACACAGCAGGGCUGGGCGAUAUGGCUGAAAACCGUAUCACGAUGCAAGUGUUUAUUAUCGGUCGAUAUCGAUAAAUGUAUCUUUCAUCACUUAUGGAAAAUAUAGACCAGGAGAAAAAUAUAUAUAAUAAUUAUUUCAAAUGUAACUUUUCUCUGAUUAUAAUUCCCUCAACACAAGUAUAGAAAAGAAACAAUGUAAACAAAAUUGAUUGUUUUGUGAUCAUGUUUUGUUUAGUUGAGUUAUGUUACUUCAAGACUCCAUGACAACAUACGUGCAGGGCAUGAAGCAUGAACUACGGCAUGAAGAGAAUGAACAGAGCAUGGAACAACAACAAUGACGCCAGGCCGACUGCCUGGCAACUACAAGCUUAAAUAAUAGUGACAUGAUUAAUACAGGUGCGUGAGUCCUAAUGAGUACAGGCGAAACCAAUGAGUUGUCAUGGAAACAAAACAAGGGAGUAAAAAAACCGGAACUAAUGGAGUCUUGAAGUAACAUAACACAACUAAGCAUGAUCACAAAACAUGACAAUUGAAAAAAAUGAAGGUGAAAAAAUAAGCAAUAUGUAAGAAAUGUUUAAUAAAGUGUAAGAAAACAGUGUAAAAAUGUAAACAUAGAGAAACCUGAGAACUAUUUUCUGCAGGUUUAGUGCCAGGAAGUUACAGCUGUGCUCUAAAGGGUGAGCGCGUGGUCUUGAUGCGGACAAACGCCUUGCAUCAUUUACAGACUACGGUCCCGUUUUAAAAAGUCCAAAAAAAGUGCCAAAAUGUCCCAGUGACUUAUGCUCUUUCAUCCACAAUUUCUUCAUUUUUACUUUCUCUUCUCACUCCAUGCAAAGAAUCAACCGCCAGACAACUGAACUUGAUAGUUGAUACUGUCACCCGAUUGGCUGUUUGCGUGUCAUUCCUACUGAUCACUGAUCCCUUUAGGGCUGCAUGAUAUCGAGGAAAAAACCCUAAUUGCUGUUUUUCUGCCAAAAACUACGAUUCGAUUUGCGAUUUUUAUAUUUGAGAAAUAUAAAUGCAUAAAGUAAAAAUACUUUUAGACCAUCAGUCAACAUAUUCUUGUUUCACGGUGCCACGCAACAAUAUGCAAUAAUUUACUUUAUAUUUGGCUUUAUGCUGACAGACUUUUGUCUACAUUUUGCUUUUAAACUGAAGAAAUACCCAAUAAAAACUAUGCAGUGAUCAUAGUGUAAUGUAAUCAUAGUCUAAUAACAUUAGAAGUAACCAUUUAAAAGGAUUUAAUUACUGUAUCAGUACUUAGAAUUAUUUGCCAUUGUGCUGUAAUUGGAAGGUGAAUAAUUUUGAGUUACCCGAAAUAAACAAACAAAAUGUACUAAUUUCUGUAAACAAACAUUUAAAUUAAAUAUAAACAUAUUAAAGUGCAUUUUUUAACCAGUUGAAACAUUUUUCGUUGUUGCCAUCACGUCAUUCUCACUCGUUCGUCCGUGUUGAUGGGCUUAUAUUGCCCCUCUGUUUUGAAGUUGAAAUACUUUGCCGUAUAUAUAUAUAUAUAUAUUUGUACAUUUGUACUUCCUGUGUGUGUAAGCUCGGCGUCCUGCGCUCUCCACACCGAGACAAAUAUUGUGGACGACUAAAAAGAAGGCUCACUGCGUUCAGUUAAUUGUACUGUUAAAUAAACGCGAUGCACAGAGUGAGAACUCGGUCCACCAGUUUGAAGCAAGAGACAAAGAAAACAAACACAUGCAGACUCACAAUUUAUAAAUGCCGGCAAAAUAUUUUAACUUAAUUUUCAUUCAUCGUUUGACUAAUUGAUUUAUUGACUAUCUGCCCAGGCCUAGUCACCAUCAAAACGUUUUUCACUGAUUUUCUUUCAGAUCCGAUACCAAGUAAAAUUCAUGCUGGUAUCAGCAACACCGAUCCGAUACCAAUUCUUUGUGCAAACAAUAACAUAUUGUAUCUUUCUAAACACAAACUUUGUGUAAGAAUGUGAUAAUGUAAGAAAAAAGAGCAACACAAUGGGCUCUAAUGAGGAAAAAGCUGUAUUUUUUUUUACCACUAAUAACAACACAAAAUGCUGUCUUUAAAUAUAUAUAUAUUUCAGUUUUUAGCAUGUUUUUAAAAAUAAAAAGAUAUUAAAUGGCCCCCCGUAUAUUUGACUUUUCAGUCAGUUGAGACAACCCUGAUCUAAAAUAUUAGAAGCUCUCAAAAUAAAAAAUGAAAUACAUACAGUUAAGUUUGUUAAUUAAAAAAAAAAACCAAAAAAACAUAUGCGUUAAUUUGAAGAAUUUCAACAAUAUUAAUAAAUACUACAAUGUGUAACUGAACAUUAAUGUUUUGGCACAGGCAGAAUAUUUAACACGCUAGGUUAUUUAGUCAGGCAAAAAUCGUGCAGCCCUAAAUAACUUCCUGCUUUGCUCGGUUACCAGAGAGCGACUUUUGAGCCUUUGUUCGUGCAACUAAACCUUGCUUCCAUACUUUGUCUUUCUUCCCACCAAGAAGCAAAAAAAUUGUCAAUCAUUUUAUCAAACGCAUUUUUUAUUGAUAUCAAUUAUUGAACAUUUUAUCAAAGGCAUAGUUUAUUAAUAUCAGUUAUUGAACAUUGUAUCAAACACAUUUUUUGUUCAUAUCAAUUAUCGAACAUUUUGUCAAAGGCAUAUUUUACUGACAUCAAUUAUCGAACAUUGUAUCAUACGCAUAGUUGAUUGAGAUCAAUUAUUGAACACUUUAUCAAACAAUUUUUUAUUGAUAUUGAUUAUCAAACAGUUUAUCAAAUGCAUAUUUUAUUGAUAUCAAUUGUCAAAUAUUUUAUCAAACGCAUGUUUUAUUGAUAUCAAUCAUCAAACAUUUUAUUAAAUUAAUUUUUCAUUGAUGUCAAUUAUCGAACAUUAUAUCAAAUGCAUAAUUCAUUGAUAUCAAUCAUCACAUAUUUUAUCAAACUCAUUUUUAAUUCAUAUCAACAAUCAAAAUGUUAUCUUUCGCAUAUUUUAUUGAUAUCAAUAAUCAAACGUUUUAUCAAACGCAUAUUUUACUGAUAUCGAUUAUUAAACAUUUUAUCAAACAUUUUUUAUUGAUAUCAAUUAUUGAACAUUUUAUCAAACGCAUUUUUUAUUGGUAUUGAUUAUUGAACAUUUGAUGGAACGCAUAUUUUAUUGAUAUCAAUUAUCGAACAUUUUAUCGAAAGCAUUUUAUUGAUAUUAUUUUUGAACAUUUUAUCAAACAGUUUUUUUUAAUAUUGAUUAUUGAACAUUUUAUCAAAUUAAUAUUUUAUUGAUAUCUAUCAAAAGUUUUAUCAAACGCAUUUUUAAUUGAUAUCUUUUAUCGAACAUUAUAUCAAACCCAAUUUUGAAUUGAUAUUGACUAUUGAACUUUUUAUCAAACGCAUUUUUUAUUGAUAUCUAUUAUCGAACAUCAUAUCAAAUGCAUGUUUUAUUGCUAUCGAUUAUUGAACAUUUUAUCAAACGCAUAUUCUAUUGAUAUCGAUUAUCGAACAUUUUAUCGAAUGCGUUUUUUAUUGCUAUGGACUACGUGUCUAUGGUGAUAUGUAUUGACAUGGUUUUAUCGCCCAGCCCUAACACACACAGAGAACCAUGCAAGGUGGACUCUUAAUGGUGGGCGUGGCGGGAAGCUGAGUUCCCCUCCCUAUCUCUCUGGUCCUGUGUGGCCAUCUUGCAGUAAAACAGUCCAGAUGCGCUUUAUUGCCGUCUUUUUUUCCCCCCUUUCCUGUGUCUUUUCUCUCGCCGUUGUGCUCACCUGCACGUCUCUUUUCAACGCCAUCCGCCCGCAGCCUCCUUGUGUCCGGUGAGGAGGAGGAGAAAAAAAAAAAAAAAGUGGAGCAGUUACAAUCCCGCUCUUGAGACACCAGCAUCUGUACAUACGUGCCACUCGAAAAAGUCCUCUGUCACGGAGACGCUACGUUUGUGUUUGUUGCUCUUUGAACGCCACAAAAAGGACCUCAAGGGAGUGCAGGGGAGAAUGUUGCUCGCGUGACUGCAGUAAUGCAUGUGUGUGUGUGUGUAUGUGCGUGCGCGUGUGGGGUCAAAAAGAGUGAAGCGCAUUCUCUUUUACUCCCUUCUUUUUUUCUGUUCUGUGGUCUCGUUGUCGUUUGGUGGUUUCUUUGUGACGCGAAGUUGAAAACAAGUUGUAUCUGUCUGUUACAUAUCAUGUAUGUAUGUAUAAAUGUAUCCAAGGUGCAAAAUAUUUAAAUACACAUUCUGUUCUUGCCAUUGGUAAGGACGUGUCUAGUUUAUUCUCUGAGGGAUUACAACGCGUGUGUGUGCGCGCGAACGUGCGUGCUGGGCUUUACUCACAAGCUGUCUGGG